UUGGCAGUUGGGGAGCCAAGCCAGCCAAGCAAGCCAGCCACGCAAGCGCUGGCGACUGCCUGCCCCACAUCCACAUCCACAGGUUCCACUGCAGGACAUUGGACCAAGAAACCGGCCGGCCGUAUGAGGAAGCAUCGUGCUGUGCGUAACCGCAUACCAGCUGAUAUCUUGGAGGAUGCUGCACUGAAUCGGGCCAUCGAGCGGUUGCCUGCGAACUACAACUUUGAAAUCCACAAGACUGUGUGGCGAAUUCGCGAGGACAAGGCAAACAAUGUGGCUCUACAGUUUCCUGAAGGGCUCCUGAUGUACGCCUGCGUCAUUUCAGACAUCCUUGAGCAAUUCGCCGGGUGCCAGUCCGUGAUUCUUGGUGACGUUACGUACGGCGCCUGCUGCAUCGACGACCUCACGGCAAAGGCACUGAACUGUGAUAUGCUAGUCCACUACGGGCACAGCUGCUUGGUGCCGAUCGCAGUAACAGCGGUGAAAGUCCUGUACGUAUUCGUGGAGAUAUCCAUCGACACCGACCACUUGGCAGAGUGCAUCCGACGUACUUUCUCGCGGACGACCCGUCUGGCCGUCAUGGGAACUAUUCAAUUCGCGGGCGCAGUUCACGAAAGUUGUUCACAGCUGGCGGACCAUUUCGACGCGGUGGCAGUUCCCCAAGCCAAGCCUCUGUCGCCUGGCGAGGUUCUAGGUUGUACGUCACCCGUGAUCGAAGGGAAGGACGCAUUGGUGUUUGUGGCUGACGGGCGAUUUCAUCUUGAGUCUGCCAUGAUCCAUAACCCAGGCAUGCAGCAUUUUCGGUACAACCCAUACACGAAGGUGUUGACACGAGAACAGUACGACACGCCCAAGAUGCACGACAUCCGAAAGUAA